AUGAGUCUUUACAAAACUGAGCUGUGUCGGUCAUGGGAAGAAACGGGGACAUGCCGAUACGGGACUAAAUGCCAAUUCGCUCACUCGGACGUCGAGCUGCGCCAUGUCGACCGCCACCCGAAGUACAAGACUGAGAUGUGCAAGACGUUCUGGGAAAAGGGGACGUGCCCGUAUGGGAAACGAUGCUGCUUCAUCCAC